AUGGUUCCAGGAUGCUUCCCACUUCCUGAUGAAAUUGUAUUGUCAGUAUUGCUGUUUCUGGAUGGUGAGGAUGUCAGGUCUUUCGGAAACACGUGUAGAAGGUUCCGAAAACUUAUCACCGUUAAUAAACGCAAGUUGCGGAGUCCGGUGCUACAGUGGCAUGAGGCCUAUCUUGUAUUUGGUCGUAGGAUAAGUCUUAGUCGGUUUAACGACCCCUUACCGAAGCGUGCAGGGCGAGUAACUCCAGUACUGACCGGUCGUUGGGAGUUUACGGAAGAUGAAUUCCUGAGAGAUUUUGCGAACCUUUUCUUCGUCAUUUCUCCAGAUGUUAUGUACAUAAAAUGCAAAGACCUGGAUGACCACAUACCCGAAAUUGUAAGGAGAUUUGUGGUGAAUAUGUCGGGAAAAACUCUCGCUCUGGAAAUGGAUAAGUGUUCGAUAGGAGAAAAUGGUCUGCGUUGUUUUUUCAAGUACUUUUCGCCACUUUAUCUCCACAUCGCUGGCCGGUUCGACAGAAGCAUAAUUUCUGAUCAGGUUCUUCCACUGUCGAACUUGUUUUCUCUCUUUAUUGGAGUAAAUCGUUCUGAUUUGGAGACUCGCACAAGAAUUUCUGGCACAACUGUGCGGAAAAUUGUAAAUAAUUGGUUCCGGCGGUACUCCGACAAUCAAAGUGGCUACUCUUCUGAAAAUUAUGAGUCGAGAUUAUUUUGCAUCGAACUUCCCGACUGUGAUUUAGAUUACAACGAAUUCUUCGCUUUCUACAGGGAAUUGACUCUUCUUCCACAUGGGAAUGAAGAACAAAUACGAAUUUAUAACCUCCCUAAAACAUUAAUCCAUUCGAUUGCCAAGAAUGUGUCAACCUUCGACGCUAUUGGGCCAACAUUGUGGGUUCAACAAGGUUUAUGCAAUAACGGUGACGUGCAACGCGCGCUGUUAUCGACCCGUAUUCACUUCGGCUUUAGGGGUUUGCCAAGGGAUCCUUCCCAACUAUGUGAUGCAAUCGAACUACAGUUGUCAGUCUUAGUUCAUGACCGUGAGGAGCUGUCACAGCCUAAGCAACUUCUUUCUCUUUUUAUCGCAUUAAGCGCAGGCCAGAUGUCUUUAGGAAUGCGUAUUCCUGAACUUGUAUUGGUAGAUGCACACAAGCGGACGAGGAGGAAAAGAAAUCUACGAACUUGA